CAUUUUCCUUGGGUGGGCAGCUCCACAGAAGCCAAGAGAUUCUGCUCAAUGGUAUUCACUGUCGCUGGUUGCUCCUCAUAGCUGUGGCGCCCCCCCCCGUUGCUGGGGUUAUUAAUAUCUCCUCCCUUCCCCCCUUCUCAUCGAUCUUGUUUGUCUUGCCACCCUUGUAUUACCUCGACAUCUUUGUCAACUCCUCGAGAACACAAGCUGUCUGGCUGGCUAGUUCGUCUCUUCUUCUUCCUUUAGCUACCUCCACGCCAUCAUGAGGCUCGGUUGGCUUGAGGUGGCCGCAUUGACGGCUGCUUCGGUCGUCAGCGCUGAUGAAUUGGCCUUUUCUCCUCCUUUCUAUCCCUCCCCUUGGGCCAAUGGUCAGGGUGAGUGGGCGGAAGCAUACAAGCGUGCAGUGGACAUUGUCUCUCAAAUGACUUUGGCUGAGAAGGUCAACUUGACCACCGGAACUGGAUGGGAGCUGGAGAAAUGUGUAGGUCAAACUGGUGGUGUCCCAAGACUUAAUAUCGGUGGCAUGUGUCUUCAAGACAGUCCCCUGGGAAUCCGUUUCUCGGACUACAACUCGGCCUUCCCUGCUGGUGUCAAUGUUGCUGCGUCUUGGGACAAGAACCUUGCCUACCUCCGUGGCCAGGCCAUGGGUCAGGAGUUCAGCGACAAGGGUAUUGAUAUCCAGUUGGGACCGGCGGCAGGUCCCCUCGGUAGAAGUCCCGAUGGAGGUCGUAACUGGGAGGGCUUCUCCCCAGACCCUGCUCUCACUGGUGUGCUCUUUGCCGAGACUAUCAAGGGGAUUCAGGACGCUGGUGUCGUGGCCACCGCCAAGCAUUAUAUUCUCAACGAGCAAGAGCAUUUCCGGCAAGUUGGAGAGGCUGCGGGCUAUGGGUUCAACAUUAGCGACACUGUCAGUGCAAACAUCGAUGACAAGACCAUCCAUGAAAUGUACCUCUGGCCCUUCGCGGAUGCCGUGCGCGCAGGCGUUGGUGCUAUCAUGUGCUCCUACAACCAGAUCAACAACAGCUACGGUUGCCAGAACAGUUACACUUUGAACAAGCUGCUGAAGGCCGAGCUCGGCUUCCAGGGAUUCGUUAUGACUGACUGGGGUGCCCACCACAGUGGUGUUGGUGCUGCCUUGGCCGGCUUGGACAUGUCCAUGCCUGGCGACGUCUCGUUCGAUUCUGGUACUGCUUUCUGGGGUACCAACUUGACUAUCGCUGUUCUCAACGGUACCGUCCCGCAGUGGCGCGUCGACGACAUGGCUGUUCGCAUCAUGGCCGCCUACUACAAGGUUGGCCGUGACCGCUUGUAUCAGCCUCCCAGCUUCAGCUCAUGGACUCGUGACGAGUAUGGCUACAAGUAUUUCUAUUCCCAGGAAGGUCCCUACGAGAAGGUCAACCACUUUGUCAACGUGCAGCGCGACCACAGUGAGGUCAUCCGCAAGCUGGGGGCAGACAGCACUGUGUUGCUAAAGAAUAAGAAUGCUUUGCCUCUGACUGGCAAGGAACGCAAAGUUGCUAUCCUGGGUGAAGAUGCGGGCUCCAACGCCUAUGGUGCCAACGGCUGCAGUGACCGUGGUUGUGACAACGGUACUCUCGCUAUGGCUUGGGGUAGUGGUACUGCGGACUUUCCCUACCUUGUGACCCCCGAGCAAGCCAUUCAAGCCGAAGUGCUCAAGAAUAAGGGCAGCGUCUAUGCUAUCACCGACAACUGGGCCCUGAGCCAGGUGGAGACCCUCGCUAAGCAAGCCAGUGUUUCCCUUGUAUUUGUCAAUUCCGACUCCGGAGAGGGCUACAUCUCGGUGGAUGGAAACGAGGGUGACCGCAACAAUCUCACCCUGUGGAAGAAUGGCGACAACCUCAUCAAGACUGCUGCCAACAACUGCAACAACACAAUCGUCGUCAUUCACUCCGUUGGACCUGUUCUGAUUGACGAAUGGUAUGACCACCCGAACGUUACUGCCAUCCUCUGGGCUGGCUUGCCUGGCCAGGAGUCUGGUAACUCCCUGGCUGAUGUGCUUUACGGCCGCGUCAACCCGGGCGCCAAAACUCCCUUCACCUGGGGCAAGACUAGGGCGUCUUACGGGGACUACCUGCUCACUAAACUCAACAACGGUAAUGGAGCACCUCAAGAUGAUUUCUCCGAGGGUGUUUUCAUCGACUACCGCGGUUUUGACAAGCGCAAUGAGACCCCGAUUUACGAAUUCGGACACGGUUUGAGCUAUACCACCUUCAACUACUCCCAGCUUCACGUUCAAGUCUUGAACGCCUCCACGAACCACCAGAUAGCUACCGAGACCGGGGCCGCUCCCACUUUGGGCGAAAUGGGCCAAGCCUCGGACUACUUGUAUCCUGAUGGAUUGACCAGGAUCACCAAGUUUAUCUACCCCUGGCUUAACUCCACGGACCUCAAGGAGUCAUCUGGCGACCCGUACUAUGGUGUGGACACUUCGGAGCACGUGCCCGAGGGUGCCACUGAUAGCUCUCCUCAGCCUGUCCUGCCUGCUGGUGGCGGCUUCGGUGGUAACCCCCGCCUCUACGAUGAGUUGAUCCGUGUCUCGGCAACCAUUAAGAACACUGGUCGUGUUGCCGGUGACGCUGUCCCUCAACUAUACCUUUCCCUCGGUGGUCCCAAUGAGCCCAAGGUGGUGCUCCGCCAAUUCGACCGCAUCACCCUCAACCCUUCCGAGGAGACCGUCUGGACCACUACCCUGACCCGUCGCGAUCUGUCCAACUGGGAUGUUGCGGCCCAGGACUGGGUCAUUACUUCUUACCCCAAGAAGGUCCAUGUUGGUAGCUCUUCGCGUCAGCUACCUCUUCACGCGGUUCUGCCGACUGUGCAAUGAGGAGAGGGUUGUUGUGAAGGCACUGAAGACUGAAGGGCUUCGAGCCUGCUGAUGAUAUAUACCUUUUUUUUACCCUUUUGUGAAUCGUAGAGACUACGAAUUUAAUGCCUGUGAUGCUGUC